AUGACUUAUGAUGAGAUGCACUCGCAGCCGCGGGAAAGGAUACUAAGCGGAGUCCCCUACCACUCGGAAGAUGCCACAUCCCACUUUGGCACACAUCUGCAGACAGUACUGCCUUUACCAGAGCCCCAGAACAAUGGGUAUCACGAGGCGCAUUCGGCUUAUGCCCCAGGUCAUCAACUGCUCCACCCGCCACCACAUAACUACGAUAUAUUUCCCUCUGAGAGCAGGAAACGCGCUCGCUCAGAAAGUGACGGAGAUCACUAUCAUCGCAACAUGCCUCCUCCACAGCCUAUCCACCUGAUGCCUCUGGAUGGCUCCGCUUCGGUACCCGAGUCUGACAUGAUGUUCCCCCUUAGCGAUCAUUCCUCCCAUGCGUCGUCGAACCAUGGCUAUGCUUCCCCGAUGCCCCUUUCUCUUCCCCUGCCGGUUCCACAGCGGCACCACCAUCAUCAGCUCCCGUCUCGAGCACGAAAUUCGUCUUUGGGCAUGCAGAAUGGACCCCCGAGUGUGGUUGGUCAGCCUGGGAUGCCUCCUCCAGCUCCGAGGCCCAAGGAACCCAAGCUCAAGUUCACCCCUAGGGAGGACUCACUUCUGGUUGAAUUAAAGGAGGAGAAGAACCUGACUUGGAAACAAGUUGCAGACUUUUUCCCUGGGCGGACGAGUGGAACCUUGCAGGUUCGUUACUGCACGAAGUUGAAGGCGAAGGAUGUGGUUUGGACUGAUGAAUUAGUAGAGCGGCUUCAGCUAGCCAUGAAGGCCUAUGAGUUUGACCGAUGGAGGAUUAUCUCAAACAAGCGUACCGCCACCGCCCUUGCGCGGCGCUCGCCCGCCCGCGCUAUUACCCUCGCUCAGCGCCCAUUCUCUUCGUCCAUCGUCCGCAACAACGACAAGAAGUGGGCCGUUAAGGACGAGGGCAAGAUCCUUUCCUUCGACGAGAUCAAGGACGAGAGUGACUUGCUUCCUCCCGGUGCCAAGCCCGGUACCAUCCCUACCGACUUCGUCCAGGCUACCGGUCUUGAGCGUCUCGAGCUCAUCGGAAAGAUGCAGGGCAUCGACAUCUUCGACAUGCGUCCCCUCGACGCUUCCCGCAAGGGAACGAUCGACAACCCCAUCAUGGUCAACGGUGCCGGUGAUGAGCAGUACGCUGGUUGCACUGGUUACCCCGUCGACUCCCACCAGGUUAACUGGCUUACCGUCUCCCGUGAGCGCCCCAUUGAGCGCUGCAACGAGUGCGGUAACGUUGUUAAGCUGAACUACAUUGGACCCGAGGAGGACCACUCCCACGACGACCACGGCCACGGCCACCACCACCCCCCUCACGUUGAGCCUAAGACUUUUGCCGACUACGUCAAGCCCGAGUACUGGUACCGGUAA